AAAUUAAAUUAUUAAUAGUUAAUAAAUCCUUUUAUCAGUGUAAUAAUUGCAGUUUUGUUUUUUAGUUAAACGAAUCAACAACAAGAAUAAUAGCCUCCCGUAACUCCGAAAGUAACCACUGCGAACGCUUCAGUCGAUUUCAUUUCCCCUACCAUGGCUUCACUCAGAGCGAAUAGUUAUAAUUGUUGUAAUUUGUAUUGUGCACUGUCGUUCUCAAAACGAAUAAAAAAUGUCAAGGGGAGAAAAAGUUUUCGGUUAUUUACAAAAAUACAUAUGUUAAUAAAUGGGAGAGAAAUCAUAAACUUAAUGGUAUAUAUGAAUUCCUAUUAUAUUUAUUUGACUCAAUUGGAGUCUUCAGGUUAAAAAUUUUAGUUAUGAGUAUUUUGAUCUCAUAAAAGUUUGAACUGAAUCGAUCUUAUGAAUGCGAAAAAACUAGAUGUAAAAGAAAAGUGAUUUACGAUACAGUUAUCUAUAAACAACCAUAGAUUAAAUUGCGAAGAAAAUUGAGAUAUAAUAUGGUGUAUAUAGUUACUCGCUCACUGUUAUUAAGCCCACGAGUUCAUAAUUUGUCUCCACAGGAAGGUGUUAUUCAUAACGAUAGGACGUAAUCCUCCAACGAUGACGAAAUACUUUUAUGUUAAACAUACAUAUAGCUGAUUUAAGAAAAAAAAACCUUAAACAAACUGUUCAAACUACCAAUUAGAUAAUUCCUGUUGUAAUAAAGGAGUCAAGUCAUUAGUGAAUUAAAAUCAGGAAAUAUUUCAUAAUAAGAUGGAAGCCAUUUCAUUUACUAAGCUGUAUUCAUAAAUAAACAAUUUAGUUAAAAUAGAAGUAAAUAUAUCUUACAUGACAUGUCAUGUCUGCAGAGAUCUUCAAAAAUCAUUAAAAAUUUUGUCUGAAAAUUUUUUUCAUAAAAAAAUAUACAGAUAAAUAUGAAUUCUAUUCAUCUUUAAAACUUCUAUAAAAAUAUGCGUUGGCCAGCAUUAAAAGUUAUGAUCCUCGUAACUCAAAAAGAUUUACUUGUGCAUCGCAAAAUUGAGGUUGAUGAAAAAAAGCAUAACCACCCGCAGCCAAAUACGUUACCAAGACGAAAAAUAAUUAAAAAGCUAAAAGCUGUAUCUUUGACGACCCGAUCUACAACCGAAGCUGUUGCUGAAGCAUAUUUGAAUAAAUCUCCACCCUCAGUUAAAGAAAUUAACGCUUCAAGAAAUUUAAUCUACCGUUCAAGAAAACGUGUUGAACCUGAACCACCCGAGACCAUUAAUCUACUUCCUGAUAUAAUAAAUGAGUACAAGUUUCUUGAAAAUUACUAUCUGGGUAACACAACAGCCAGUGAUGGUUCCGUGGCGUUAUUUUUUACAAGUUUGGACAUGCUAAAUGCCUUAAAUGCUGUGGAGGAGAUAAAUGUGGCUGCAUCAUACGUGUCUGUUCCACAAACUCCGAGUUUUUCUCAACUAUUAUCUUUUCAUAUAAAAAAAGAUAACCAAAGCAUUCCGGCAUUAUUCGUCAUAUGCAGCGCAAACACUCUCAAUAAUUAUGAAGCUAUGUGGGAUUUUCUUCAUUCGAAAAUUGAAAAUUUUGGAACCAGAUUGAAAUCUAUAGUGUGUAGCUAUGAAAAUGAUUUUGUUACUGCCACAAGAAACAAAUUACCAAAUGUAUCCAUAAAAGGAUCAUGGUUUCAUUUCAUGAAAUUAUGGACUCGGCAGUGGAGGAGUUUAAACUUACCUAUCGAACCACUUCCUGCAAUUUUAAAAGCCUCCUGGGCGUUACCUUUGCUUCCCUCAAACAAAUUGGCCGAAGGAAUCAAAGUUAUUGAAUUUUUGACUAAUUGUAAUGAACAGUAUAAUGCACACUUAGUUACGUUUGUGUCAGCUGUAAAGUCAUGGUGUACACGUCUCUCUAAUGAAAUAUCAUAUAUCGAUAACACUGAAGAAGGAGCGAUAAACAUUGCAGAGGAUUUUUUACGUCACAUUUUAAAUUUGAUUGGAUACAAAAAAAGUUUACAUACUUAUCUUGGUAAAAGACCAAGUUAUGGAUACUUGCAAUUUUAUUUGAACUAAAAAAAAAGCAACUGUAAUAAGAUUGUGGAGAUCAAUGAAUUUAGAAUUCAAUUUAUUGAACGACGUAUUGCGUUAUUGUUGGGCCAUACCUCUGUUACCAAAAAAUAAGUUUAAAGAAGCUGUGCAAGAAAUUCAGGCUACUAUUCAUGAUACUGCUGAGUGUUAUGAUGACGAUGAACAUGAUCUACAUUCAUUUGUGGAAAAAGUAGAUGAUUGGUUCUCACAAGAUGAUGUGCAAUAUAAUUUCAAUGAAAAUCCAAAUGAAGCAAUUAACAUUGUUGAAAAUUUUACUCGUCACAUGGUCAGCAAUCUUGGGGGUCACAAACCUAAUAUAUUCUGUUACUUGGAACGUAUAAGAAGAAUUAAUAUUGAUAGUUUGAACCAUUUGAAAAAACUGAACGAUGGGGCGCUGCUACUUGAACUAGAAAAAUAUCGUUACAUUCAAAUUAAUAACCAUAUAGCUGAUAAACUUUCAAGGCUUAACUCUGGUGAGCUGACGUUGCUCGAUUUUUUACAAACAGCUAUUGACGCUAAUUUGAAUGACGAAAUUAUCCAUCAGCUCAAUUCAAUCCAAUAUCUAAAUGAUGAUAAAAAAUUAAAAGACAAUUAAUUAUUUAAUAAGUAAUAAAU